AUGGUGGUGGGCGAGAGCAAGCGCACCGCCAACAUCAUGGACGGCAUUGAGAACACCGGUGACGUGCGGAUGCACGACCACCGACUGAGGCUCAAACAAAGAUUCGAUAUAGUGAGAAAACUAGGUCAAGGCACGUACGGUAAAGUGCAGCUGGGUAUCAACAAGAAGACAGGCCAGGAGGUGGCCAUCAAAACUAUUAAGAAAUGCAAGAUCGAGUCCGAGGCUGAUCUCAUACGCAUUCGGCGUGAAGUGCAGAUUAUGUCUUCUGUCAGACAUCCAAAUAUUGUACAUAUUUAUGAAGUAUUUGAAAACAGUGAAAAGAUGAUACUUGUUAUGGAGUACUGCUCAGGCGGAGAACUCUAUGAUUACCUUAGCCAGAAAAAAGUAUUACAAGAGGACGAGGCAAGGAGGUUAUUCCGACAGAUCGCAACAGCCGUAUACUAUUGCCAUAUACAUAAAAUCUGCCAUAGAGAUUUGAAAUUGGAAAAUGUUUUAUUAGAUGAUACUGGUAGUGCUAAGAUUGCCGACUUCGGUCUGUCAAAUGUGUUUAAAGAAACGUCUCUUCUAUCAACGUUUUGUGGUUCUCCUUUAUACGCGUCUCCGGAAAUCGUUAAAGGAACGCCAUACAUUGGCCCAGAGGUGGACUGUUGGUCGUUGGGUGUACUACUUUAUACUCUAGUCUAUGGAGCUAUGCCAUUUGAUGGCUCCAACUUCAAACGUCUAGUCCGACAGAUCAGUAAUGGAGAUUAUUAUGAACCUAGGAACCCGUCAAGCGCAUCACCUUUGAUUCGCGACAUGCUCACUGUUGACCCGCUGAAGCGCGCUGACAUCGCCUACAUUUGUGAUAAUCCAUGGGUGAACCUGGGUUGUGAGACCUCUUGCCUGGAGGAGGCGGAGGCCCUAGCGGCCCAGACACCGGUGCGGUUGGACCUGCUGCUGUCGCUGGCCCCCGCUGCGCCUUCCAAUUCUAACUCAGUCAUGGUGCCGGAUGAGGCUGAACUGGGUCCUGAAGAAAGUGGCACAGAUCUAACAAGCUCAACGUCAAUGGCUCACAUUGAGCCCAGCAACUCUGCUGAGAAGAGGAUCCUGGAGUUGGUUGCAGAGGGCGGUGAAGACGCGAUAAAACCGUCGCCGACUCGUACCAUCGUGUCGGCCACGGACAACAAACGUAAGCUGGAACUCGCCAUGUCGGCCAGUGGGCUGCAGAGGAAGAAGGAAAGAGUUGCCAGUUGUGCAAGUAUUGCGCCAGCUGCGGCGCUACCAGAAGAAUCGUCUCCAGAAAUACCUCCCACCGAAGAACCACCCCUGGCUGAUGACUCGGCAAUACAACCAAACUUGAAGUCAUCGGCGACGAUCACUAUUCAACCAGCGCCAGUCGAGUUAGUGAGGGACUUGACAAAGGACAUUGUGAAGGAGCCACCGAAAGAGGAGGAACCAGUUGAGAAGCCAACCAAACCACGCGUUACUAUCAAGAAGAAGACAUCACCCACCAAGACUGUGGAGGAGAAACCGGCAGAAAAAGUUGAAGAGGUUAAGCAGCCACAAGAAGAGACAAAGCAGAGCGCAGUAGCGUCUGCGGCGGACAAGUUGACGUCGCUGUCUAUUGCACAACAGCCGCCUGCCAACCAGACGCCGAAACCUAAAAAACUGUCCAUACCAGGUGGCAAUGUCGGAAGCUUCAAAGAUCAGUUCGAGAGACGAGCUUCUCUUACCACUGCUCCUGAAAUCAAACGCAACAUAUCUAAACCAGUGGUUUCUAAGAUCGCUAAGCCCAAAGCACAGAGUGAGGACCGUGAGUUGCCAACGAAGACUCCAGAUAACGGCACUGUUCGACUGCAACAAAUUGGCAUUGAGCCUUCACAGAGUCAUACAGAGGCGGAACGUGAGACGAACCUUCGUAGCGGUGUUAAGAAGACCGAGAGCGAACCUUCACACAGCUCCACCUCCGUAGACCCUGCUGUACUGCUGCAGGACGCUAGGAGGAGUCUACAAAACUCUAUGGCGAAGUUGGUUGAGGAGAAAGCCGGCGAAGAGAGUCGUCGGCGCGCCGCCCGCGAUAUCAUAUCGUCUGCUAUACGAACAGGCAAGCCCCCGAUGCCGUACGGGCGCUCGUCGUCUGCGGGCGUGGCGUCGCUGGUGUCCCCGCCGGGCACGCCGCCCGCGCAGCCCGCGCCGCGCGUCUUCCGCACUGAGGCACAGCAUCGCGUCGAGGACCAUCGGAAUGCUAACAGUGCACGCGGCGUGUCGGUGGAGCGUAUCAUCCCGAUCACGGUGGCGACGGAGGAGUCCCCCACGUCCCCGCCGCCCCCGCUGCCCACUACCCCCGCACCCAAAGCUACACCAACGCCCGCGCCCAGGGUCACUCCGCUCAGACGGUUGACAUCAACGGAGUCUGGCAGUGCAAGCGAGGCGUGCAGCAGUCCGGGCGAGCCCAUCAAGAAGUCUGCGCGGGAGUUUAUCAUCCCUAUCGCAGUGGAAGGCAAGGGCUACGUCACGCCGCGACAGCGCAGCCUCGAACCCGAGUCCACGCAACACGUGCCCUCCGUGCGACACCAUCGCACCACCAAGCCUAGGCGCAUCAGCAGCUUAGUGAGUGGCGGAGAGUCAGAGGAGGAGGAAGACUCUCACAUGCACAGACUGCGGCCCAGCCGCGCCGCGCGCGCUGAGUCCGUCAGCUCCGGGGAGGACGACGAGGAGGACGAGGGCUUCCAUCUACUCACCGCUGAAAACCUCUUCUCUACGCUACUCGACAGGGUGCGUGCACUAACGAAUCGCCUCAACGGCGAGGAGGGUCCCGGCUUUAGUCAACACUCACUAUUCAACAACUUACAGUCGCCGUUCUUCAACAGCCCUCACUUACCACGGAGAAACUUAUUACGCGAAGGUUGGGGCCCGCGAGACAUGCACACGGGCUUCGAGUCGAUGUUCAAGCCGCGCCAGCACAUGCCGCGAGUUGGGUUGCGCGUUACACUGCAUGCUCCGACCAAAUCUUCACUUCACAGCGGCACCAGCGCCAACCACAAAUCUGCCACAAACGCCACACAAGAAUAG